CUGGAUGAUUGAGCAGAAAUGACAGGAUCAGAGUCGUGGUUAACCGUGAAGGGCGCGGGAGAGCCCCAGAGCCCCAGAGAGGCCGUGUGUCGCGACAGAGCUCCGUUCCCCUACUUCUGGCGACUGGUGCCUGCCGCUCUGGCCCUGGGAAAGAUGCUUAUAGUAGUGGCAAAGCUGGGACACUGCUUUCACCGGAGUCGGAGAUAUGGCCAGUAUACCAUGAACCAGGACACCACCACUAAAAUUACGGAGAAGCCUCCAUUUGAUCGAUCAAGUUCCCAGGAUUCCUUGGACGAACUUUCUAUGGAGGACUAUUGGAUAGAACUGGAAAAUAUCAAGAGAUCUCAUGAAAACAGACAAGACAAUCAAGAGGUGGUGGUUGUCAAAGAACCUGAUGAGGGAGAAUUGGAAGAAGAGUGGCUCAAAGAGGCUGGUCUGUCUAACCUGUUUGGAGACUCUGCAGAGGACCCCCAAGAGAGCAUGGUGUUUUUAUCCACACUGACCCGGACCCAGGCAGCAGCUGUUCAAAAACGGGUAGAGACAGUCUCCCAAACUUUGAGGAAGAAAAACAAACAGUACCAAAUUCCUGACGUCAGAGACAUAUUUACUCAACAGAGAGAGUCAAAAGAAAAAGCUCCAGAUGGUACUGAAUCGCAGUCAGUCAGAACAAAUGAAAACAAAUACCAAGGAAAAGAUGACCAGGCAUCUACCCCCUUUGGUGAUAAAGAGCUGAUGCUCCCAGUGCCUGAGGACACACCUGCCUCUGAAACGGACAUCAACCUGGAGGUGUCAUUUGCUGAGCAAGCGGUCAACCAGAAAGAGGAGAAAACUCAGAAGAGUGAAAGCAAUGAUGCCUCAUUACCUGAUUUCAGAUUGCCAAAAGAUAAAACGGGCACCACAAAGGUUGGUGACCUUGCACCCCAGGACAUGAAGAAAGUUUGCCAUUUAGCCCUGAUUGAGCUGACCGCUCUCUAUGAUGUAUUGGGUGUCGAGCUGAAACAACAGAAAGCUGCGAAAAUCAAAACAAAAGAUUCUGGUCUUUUUGGUGUUCCACUGGCCACAUUGUUAGAACAAGAUCAGAGAAAAGUGCCCGGAACUCGAAUACCCUUGAUCUUUCAAAAACUGAUUUCUCAAAUUGAAGAGGGAGGUUUGGAAACUGAAGGCCUCUUACGAAUACCUGGAGCUGCCAUUAGAAUCAAGAAUCUUUGCCAAGAACUAGAAGCAAAGUUUUACGAAGGGACAUUUAAUUGGGAAAGUGUCAAACAGCAUGACGCAGCCAGCCUGCUGAAGCUCUUCAUCCGGGAGCUGCCCCAACCCCUGCUCAGCGUAGAGUAUCUCAGAGCCUUUCAGGCUGUGCAGAAUCUUCCAACCAAGAAGCAACAACUGCAGGCUCUGAACCUCCUUGUCAUUCUCCUGCCGGAUGCAAACAGAGACACACUGAAGGCCCUGCUGGAAUUUCUCCAAAGAGUCAUAGAUAAUAAAGAGAAAAAUAAAAUGACAGUCAUGAAUGUAGCAAUGGUCAUGGCCCCGAAUCUCUUUAUGUGUCAUGCAUUGGGUCUGAAGUCCAAUGAACAACGAGAGUUUGGAAUGGCAGCUGGGACAGCAAACAUCAUGCACUUAUUGAUUAAGUAUCAGAAACUUCUAUGGACAAUUCCCAAGUUUAUUGUCAAUCAAGUGAGGAAGCAAAACACUGAAAACCAUAAAAAGGACAGAAAAGCCAUGAAGAAAUUACUAAAGAAAAUGGCUUAUGACCGAGAAAAAUAUGAAAAGCAAGAUAAGAGUACAAAUGACGCUGACGUUCCUCAGGGAGUGAUUCGAGUGCAAGCUCCCCGUCUUUCGAAAGUUUCCAUGGCAAUACAGCUAACGGAAGAGCUAAAAGCCAGUGAUGUACUUGCCAGGUUUCUCAGCCAAGAAAGUGGGGUUGCCCAGACUCUCAAGAAAGGGGAAGUUUUUUUGUAUGAAAUUGGAGGAAAUAUUGGGGAACGCCGUCUUGAUGAUGACACUUAUAUGAAGGACUUGUAUCAGCUCAAUCCAAAUGCYGAGUGGGUCAUCAAGUUAAAGCCACUGUAGAAGACUGAAGCUGCUGAUCCACUACCUCUACAAUCAUGCUUCCUGGGAUCAAGACUAUAUAUAAGUGAAAUGUCAGGGCUCUUAAUAGUCAACUGUACCCACCUAUUAAGACAUGACACCCUCAAGCCUUAAAAAGUUAGAUUUGUGCUGCUGCCAGAAUGAUGCUAAUUGUUACUAGAAACAAGUACCACUGGAAAAGAAAGGGGCUUAGUUUCUGGGCUUUUUCAUAUGGUCUGAAAUGCAUCCAGAUGUGACUGKUUUUUAGUAUGAAUGUCUCUAUCUGCUCACUUUUUUUCCCCUAAAAUCAUAUUCUGCAAUAUAUGUUUUCUCACCUUUUGUAGCUCCUUGCAUCUGCCUUCCCGCAAUGAGGUUUGAUAUUUUUUAACAACGACAACAAAAAAAAGAUAAAUAGCAGGUAUGGCAAGUCGUGAAGACAACACACGUUGAAACAGACCUUAUUCAACAGUAUUCCUGGCCCUAUAGAACAUUAGUAUGCAUGUCUGAGUCAUUUGCCCAAACAGUACCAUCCUGCUCGUUUCUGCUGCAUUGCAUUCAGUGAUUUGUGAGUUGUUUUUUUCCUGAUAUGUGCAAAACUAUUUCCAGGAUCAAGAAGAUAGAACUGUUAGAAACUGCCAAUUAUUAUCAAACCAUUAAAUACUUCUAAGAAUAAAUAAAACAUACCCAUGUGGAAUAACUGAAUUACUGAUAACCAGAGAGUAAAAGCCAAAUCACUUCAUGUUUGCUGUAUCCUUCCAACUGAAACGCAAGAAGUCAUAGCUGGCUUUACCUAUUGUUGUAUUAGCACUAUAAAUAUGCAUGAUAGUAUAAUCCAAUAGUGGUUGGAGAAUGUAUUCUUAAAGUGGGAUUUUUCCUCCUGAAUAAGUCUAGUGGAAKAGUUAUUCUUCUGGCUGUGACAUUCAUGUGAAUGAGCUUUUGUUUGUGUACUUAUUUUAAAUAAUCAGUAAAUCUAUUAAAAUGUAGAAUGUUCCCAGGGAUUUUAAUACACAAGCCACACUGUGACAAUAGAUGAGCCUCCGUACUGUAAAUAAGAGAAAUGAAGGAAAAGAGAAAUGUUAAAUAUUUUAUGAUGUUAGAGUGUACUAAAUAAAAGGUGAUGUAAACAYUGCACCAACUGUGUUCAUGAUACUUUUAGUAGUACUUUAGGACAAAUUACAUUUUCGGAAGCUAUUGAUGUCACUAAUUAGGAGGGAAAAUUGUUAGUGAGAACAGGCAUAAAUUUGUAGCAUAUUGCAAGAGCAGCCUGUGGAUAUAAUCACUUGAGUAACUUUGUGGUGAUUUGUGCCAUUGCUUUUUUAUUUAAAGAAAUUUUUAUAAUUAAAUGCAUUUUUCUAAG